AUGCAUCAGUCAUGCAAAUGCAGUCGGGGGCCUCUGAUCAUCUCUGAUUUCAUCCUCACGGCAGAUUCACUGAAAAGGAGGACGAGCAGCCAAACCACGCUCCAUUCUGCUGAUGAUGACGAGCUGGUAAGGUCCAGGGUGAAGAUGAAUCUGUCCGAAGGCAACGCCACCUUCUCUUUCAGCUUUUACACCUUGGAUGAUUACCAUAACGGACUGACCGGCCUGUUCUCCUGCAACAUCCUGAUUGGUCUGCCCGCUAACAUCUACGUGGUGUGGCAGAUCGCCAGAGGAGGGAAAGGAGCUGUGACCUCUGAGGUCUUCGCCCUGAAUCUGGCCGUGGCCGAGCUCUCCUUCUGCGCCCUCUCUCUGUAUACGCUACUCCACUUCCUGUUGAGGGUGGGGGGGUACUUGGGCUAUGUGCUGUUCUAUUUACUGCCUCAGGUCAUGUUCACCCCCAGAGCCCUCUUCCAGGGCUGGAUCUGCCUGGAGCGCUACAUGGCCGUGGUACAUCCCACAGUCUUCAUCAGGUUCAGACCUCUGGGCUACAGGCUGGCCUGCUGCACUUCCACCUGGCUGCUGAUUCUGCUCGACUGCCUCAUCAACUUCCUAAUGAUUUCGUCUAUACUCCCUUUCUACCUGUUCAUUUCCAAAUCUGCCUUCUUCCUGGUGCUCAUGGUGUACUGUGGCGCCCACGCUCUCUGCGUGCUGAAGCAGCCGCAGCCCGGUGACGGAGAGCGUGAGAGUCAGUGCGGCAUGAAGAGGAAGGCCUUUAAGAUCAUCACGAUCACCGUGGGGUCCUGCGUGGUGGCCGAGUCCCUGAAGCUCUUCAUCAUGGUGCCGACAGCUGUGCUCGCGUACGUUCAGGUUUAUACCAAGGUCAUGCUGUCAUGCCUGUUGGUCACCAUCAUCAGCGGGUUCGUCCCGCCGCUGCUGUACGUCCAUAGAGCUGGGAAACUGCCCUGUGUCAAGCUUUGA